UUUUUUUUUUUUUUGUUACUUGUUCACUUUAUACCCUCUUUCAAAUAGUAAAGAAAGAUGCCACCGAAUACAUCUAAUAAUGAUAAUACUAAUAUUCAUACUGAUGAUCAUUUAAAUCGACUCAUUGAAGCUACUCCUUAUUUUGACAUUGAAGUUGUCAAUGGAGCACUUUUUGAAGGGGCCUAUAAAGUUGUUUCAAAAAUAUUUUCUACAUGGAAAUAUGAAGAUAUAAAAUUUGUACAAUUGGUUAGAGUUACUUAUUUACCUACUGAUUUUUCAGUUCUUGUUCGAGCCUAUGGUAAAGGGUCAGAACUGAUUAUAGACCGUAAACAAGAAAUUUUGAAUAUCAUUACCUUAUCUUCACAAAAGAUGUCACCACCAUUAUAUGCUAGAUUUAAAAAUGGAUUAGUCUAUGGAUUUAUUAAAGGCAAAGUAUCUACAGUAGAAGACUUGGGACAAGAAAAGAAAGCAUUCUGGAUUGCAAAGAAACUUGCAAGAUGGCAUCAAGUAAAAUUACCUUUUGAAGAAGAAGAGAAUAAUAGAAUGAUUUAUAAUAAUCAUAAGAAACAACAAAAGCUAUGGUCGACUAUGUAUAAAUGGUUAGAACAAGUUCCUCAAAGAUAUGAAAAUCCAACUAUACAAUCCAUAUUUGAAAAGAGAUUCGAUAUGAACAAAAUUAGAUUAGAGUUAGACUCUUUAAUAAAAGAAUUAGAAAAAAUACAGUCACCCAUAGUAUUUUCUCAUAAUGAUUUACUUUAUGGAAAUAUCAUUUUUGAUGAAGAGAAAGAAGAAGCAAGUUUCAUAGAUUAUGAGUAUGGUUGCUAUGCCUCUAGAGGAUUCGAUAUUGGUAAUCAUUUUAAUGAAUUUGCAGGCUUUGAAUGUGAAUAUUGGAGAUAUCCAGCAAAAGAAUUUCAAAUGAAAUGGUAUGAAUGGUAUUUAACAGAAUUUAAUUAUGGAGUUAAACCAUCAAUUGAAGAAAAAGAAAGAUUAUAUAAAGAAGUCAAUGGUUAUUCUCUUGCUUCUCAUUUUUAUUGGGGUUUAUGGGCUAUGAUUCAAGCUAUGGUAUCUGAUAUUGAUUUUAAUUAUAUGGAAUAUGCUGUGCUUCGUUUCAAUGAAUAUGACAGGCGUAAAGAUGAAGUUUUAACAUUAUUAUCCUAUUUUUAAUGUUUAACAUAUCCUGGAUUCUGUUCAAAUACUUUAUUUAAAAUAUCAAUUAAAUGAGAUAAAGCCAUUAACCAUUCUCUCAUUAAUUCUAUUGAUUUAUCAUCUUGUAUACCAAUUUUUUCAUAAAAAUCCUUUCUCCAAGGACAAGCAUUCAUAGCAAGCUAUACACCACACAUAUUAGUUUUUUUUACAUAUAAAUAUCAUUUAUUAUUAGUUUACUUACAUUAAAUACGGGUCGAACAAUGAAACUAUGAUAAGCCUUUAAUGUUUUAUCGUAUGCCAGUGAAAAGGAAACCGUUAAUUCUUCAGUUGGGUGAUCAAUAUUAUGCAUUAAUGAGUAUGCUGUAAAUUCAAGUCCCCU